UACUGCAGCCUGCUGGUGGAGCAUGUUAGUAAACUGACAGCAUGGUUAGCUGUCAUCACCUCGCCUCGCCACCACAUCUAACGUUAGCUAACUAAACGUGUUAAUGCGAUGAACCGGGAAUGUAUUGAUCAUGGCUAACCUACGGAUUUCGCUGGCCGUCGCGGUCGUCCAGGCUGUCCUAUACAGAAGCUCUCCAGGGCUCUGCCAAGCUCUUUGGUGUAACUGCACCACUGCCCAGUGUGAAAAGGCUGGCUCCCAGUGUGAGACCGACGGAGCCUGCAUGGCUUCCACCUCCUUCAUUGACGGCCAAGAGCAGCACAUCCGUAUCUGCAUCACACGGGACAACCUGGUGCCUCCCGGACAGCCGUUCUACUGCCGCGGUGCAGAGGGCUUGCUCAACAUACACUGCUGCUACACUGACUACUGCAACAGCAUUGACCUCAAAGUACCUUCAGUGACAACUCCGACAGGACUGGAGGGAGGCUACGGCCCAGGUGGGACAUGGGGGCUGGUGGAGCUAGUCGCUGUGAUUGCAGGGCCGCUGUUCCUGCUUUGUCUGCUGCUGUUGGUGGGUGUGUUCCUGUACCAGUACCACCAGAGGGCCUACAACCACAGGCAGAGGCUGGAGGUGGAGGACCCCUCCUGUGACCACCUCUACCUGGCCAAAGACAGGACCCUGCAGGACCUCAUUUACGACCUGUCCACAUCUGGUUCAGGCUCAGGUCUGCCUCUGUUUGUCCAGCGGACCGUGGCCAGAACUAUUGUCCUGCAAGAGAUCAUCGGUAAGGGGCGUUUCGGGGAGGUGUGGCGAGGACGUUGGAGGGGUGGAGAUGUGGCUGUAAAGAUCUUCUCAUCCAGAGAAGAGCGCUCGUGGUUCCGUGAAGCUGAGAUCUAUCAGACCAUCAUGCUCCGCCAUGAGAACAUCCUGGGAUUUAUAGCUGCUGACAACAAAGACAAUGGCACAUGGACCCAGCUGUGGUUGGUGUCGGACUACCAUGAACACGGCUCUCUGUUUGACUACCUGAACCGCUACUCUGUCACUACUGAGGGGAUGAUCAAACUGGCACUGUCAGCUGCCAGCGGCCUUGCACAUCUGCACAUGGAGAUACUUGGAACACAAGGAAAGCCAGGCAUUGCCCACAGAGACCUGAAGUCCAAGAACAUCCUCGUGAAGAAGAACUGCACUUGUGCUAUAGCUGACCUGGGUCUGGCUGUUCGUCAUGACUCUGCCACUGACACAAUUGACAUCGCCCCCAAUCAAAGGGUUGGCACCAAGAGGUACAUGGCUCCAGAGGUUCUGGAUGAGACUAUCAACAUGAGACACUUUGACUCGUUCAAAUGUGCUGAUAUCUACGCGUUGGGACUGGUCUACUGGGAGAUUGCACGGCGCUGUAACAGUGGAGGUAUCCAUGAAGAGUACCAGCUGCCCUACUAUGACCUGGUACCCUCUGAUCCAUCCAUAGAGGAGAUGAGGAAGGUGGUGUGUGACCAAAAGCUACGACCCAAUAUCCCAAAUUGGUGGCAGAGCUACGAGGCCUUGCGGGUCAUGGGUAAAAUCAUGAGGGAGUGUUGGUAUGCUAACGGAGCUGCCCGCCUGACAGCCUUGCGAAUCAAGAAGACCCUGUCCCAGCUCAGCAUUCAAGAGGACAUUAAAGUCUGAUCAAAGUCAGCAGAGCACCAAGAACGAGCACCUAGCGGGACCCGGUCUGGAGCUGGGUCCUGCCAGACAGUGAGAGGAAGGGUCCAGGCCCUUCUACAAAGAACGCACAAAGUAAGAGAAUAUGAUGGAGAGUGGCACUUUGUAAAAUAGUAGUCCAUAGACACUCCUGCCAGUUUUGAAGCCACUUGAUUUCUGACAAACCCUACCUCGCUUACCCAGCCAAACUACCAAGAACACCUUUCCUGUCUUGUCCUCAGCUACUGCUGCCCUACCUGAACCUUUCUCUACCACUCUACACUCCAUACUAACAACAAUCCUCGGAUCUCCUGUGUAAUUGUAUGCAAUCAGUUACAGGAUAUGUAAUUAACCAGUUAACAUUUUAAAAAUCAGUCUCUUGAUCACUUUUGCUUAAUAGUUAACAAACAGCAUUCGCUCUUAUUGUCUUUGUAAGGGGGCAGACUGGGAGGGUUAGGGGUGUUUUUAACUUAUUUUUACUUGUUCUGUUAUUUGAAUGACUAGAUCUAAUAUAUGGAUGUUUGUGAGGCUCCUGUGUAGGUUUCUCUAUGACACACCUAUAGCACACAGGCACAUGGUAAACAGACUUAGAAACCUUCAAUAAUCCAUCUGGCUCUGCUACAGCGGUGUGGUUUAGUUAAACGCAGAUUACCAUGUUAACAUAUACAGAGCAGUUGACACAGUUUGUGUAAAUGCAGCCCACUGACUUUCAGUGAGGUGCUCUGAGACUUCAAAGUCACCAGAGCAUUAGGGCACCUUGCCAAGCAUGAGAAAGCCCUUGGACCACUUGCCUGGAGCCUUUCCCAUAAGCUGUUGUAAACCUCAGGUUUUCUUUAUGCUUACCAAUCACUCAUUUUUUCCCCCUUUUUAAAACCAGCUUAAGCUAAAUACACAUUUAGGGAUUGUUAAAUAAAAAUGGAUUCCAUUGGGAUGGAGGGUUCGACUUGAUAGUGACUUGAUACUCUAUGUGUCACUCGCUGGCUUCAGAUCUGGACGCUACUAAUGCAAGACACUACAUGCCGCAUGUUGCUCAACAGUGGUAUAUGUAGUAUAGUUUCUGUAAUGGCGUCCUGUUCUGAAUGCAGCUGCUCUCAAACAAUCAAACCCGUAGAGCAUAACCUGCCAUGAGAGCGCACACUGACUCCAGUCCCUCAAAUAAGCUGGGAUACACAAUAUUCAGAUAAACCUUUGCAGCAGCCAAUACUAUUUACACUAACUAAUUUACACUGUACAUUAAACGCGAGGCAGAAAUGUAUUGUUUUUACUCCCUUUUAGAUACACUAACUCCAGGAAUCUGAAUAAUGGCUACUUUUUAUGUUCUUGUUUUUUAUAUUGUCAAAGCAUGUCCAUUGUUCUUUUUGCCCUCAGGGCUCACUCACCCUGGCCAAGUAUAACUACUGCACAUAAACUAGCUUUUUAAGAUGAUACUUGUGUAUAUAUCAGAGUUACGUUUGAUUGAUACUUGGGUCAUGUUUUAGAUGGUUGAGUCUUUUAUACCAGCUUUUUGGUUGGUGGGAAGAAAAUCAAAGACUUCUCUCUCGCUGUUUGUAAAGAGAAUUACGUACCAAUCUACUGUCUGACCUCUGAAGUAACUUUACUGCAUCUGUCAGACACACUGAUCAUGUCAACUUUUCUUUUAGCUCUCUAUUACUGCAGAGCAAUAUUUGAUUUUUAAUCAAUGUCUCCCCUCGCGGCGCCUCUUGUUCACCAUGCAUUACCUCCUCAAUGUGCAAAUUGUAUGCAAUUUGUUUCCUUCAUGCUAACAUUGUCAGAAAUCACUGUCUACAUUUUUUGUUUUCAGGAAAUAGGUGCACUUUUGUCUUUAGUUGUAUGCAAAUCCAACAGGUACUGUUUGUGUGUAUAGUUGUUCCCCAUGUUAUUUAUAUGUGUAGGCUGUGAGUCCCUAUGAAAGCCUGAAAGGCCACAUGUGCACUACUACUGACCUCACAGCAUUAAAACCAAAUUGUUCUCAGAAUCAUCUCUGGUCAUGGCCUCCAGUGUUUAUUUAAGAUCACGCCACUGAAAACGAGAAUGUUUACACAAAUCAUGCCAGUCAGUUGCAGUACACUCCGUCUGACCGGAGAGAAUCUGACUUUUCUUUGGAUCUCUGGGAGAAGAAAUGUUGAAACUAAAUACUACUGAAAUGACUCGAUGCUGUCUCUCAAAUGUGUUUAACCAGUACUUUUUGAUUCAGAAUCACUUGCUCACCUGCACUGUAUCGUUUUAGUCAUACUGGACGUUGUUAAGAAAAGACAGACUGUACUUGAUGCUGUUGUUUUUGGCUGGAAAGACUGACAACUCUGCUGUUUAAAUAGGUGGUUGAAUGUCAUCCAUAUUUAUACAUUAAAGAGGUAUGUUUGUCAAAUUGUAUCUGCCUUACAAUGUUAAAAAUGCAUAGUGUAUUUAAGGUUUUUAAAACCUUACUCCAGUAUUGGGGUGUGAGUCAAAGAAAUGAGGUAUUAUACUACAGGUUGUGGUAACUCCCAGGUCUCUGUCCAGUUAUGGCAAAGAGACCAUUGCAUCCAUGUACAAACCCCUUCAGGACUUCAAUCAUGUAUCUUCUAAUAUAGAGUAAUAAAUACAAUUGUUUUCCUA